UCCAGAUGAAGAGCAUUUCAUUCACUCAGGCCUUUCAAGUUUGCAUUUCAAAACCAACCCUGCACUGUCACUUUCAAAAAUGUGGUUUUAAAUAACUCUUUGUGUGCUUUUAUGCUGAGUUGCACAUGGUUUUAUUCCGUCUCCACUGGAAGGAAAGCUUUAUGCCGUUGAUUUUUACUGUCUUAAGUAUUAUACUUUGUAUUUUGUUUUCUAUGUAUGGUGUUUGUUUUUGCUUUCUAAACCACCUAGAUUGUUUUUUGAUGAUCAGCCAAAUGCAUUUAAUAAAUCACUAGCCUUCCAGCUGCCAUGAUGUAACAUGCCCUGCCCAGAUCCCAGCUGAGGGAUGGCGGGGGGGGGGGGGGGGAGAGAACACCCUGGUCUUUGGCAGGAGUGUUUCAGCCAGAGGGCUGCAUGCCGCUGGUGGGUGAGGCGAGAGGCAAAGGUGGGCAGAGCCAGGGCAACGUCUUUUGCCUUCGUACCAUGGGCUGCAUUCCAGUCACGCAGUAGAGGUGUGCACGCAUGUAAACACAAAGAAACACACACACCUCCACGUGCCUUUCAGCCAAGGAAAAAGCAUUGCCACGGUCCAAGGAUACAUUUUGCACAGGCAAAAGCACUUGAGCAGGGCCAGAGGAGGGGCAUGGCCUGAGGAGAGGGGAGUGUGGCUUGGAGAGAGUCGCCAAGGCUUGCAUGAGAUUCUUGAAGGGCUGUACUCAUCCAUUAGACAGGCGGUUCCUCAGCCCUGAUCUAGGGGAUCCCGUUGGUGGAGCAGGGAGAGUGGGUCAUCGUGCACAAUCAUUUUGCUAAGGAGACUGAUUGGUUGUCAUGAAGAUAAUUACUGCUUGAAUGCUUCUCCCUAAGUCAGUGGUUAUUGACCAGAGUGCUGUGGCACCCUGGGGUGCCUUGAAUGAUGGCCAGGGGUGCCGGGGAAAACACUGGGCUCUGCCCCUCUUUCCUUCCCUCCCUCCUCUGAUGCCCUAUUUCGUCUCUGCUUCCCAAAGACUUGCACAGCUGUUUAUUGCCACAGCCCUGGCUAUAAGCUCCACAGGUAAAUCCUCUCUUAGGGGUGGGGGUAGCUCAGAGACAAAAGGAAUGUACUUGAUCAAGGGAGCCAUGGACUCAAAAGGUUGAAAACCUCUGCCCUAAGUGAUGCUUGUGUUCCAAAGCAUCUUGGUGACCUUGGUGUUGACUGCCUGGAGUUUCAAUGUGUGUCGCCUCUGCAAAAGGCAACAGGCCGUGAUGGUGAACAAGACUUGCAAGUCAGUGUCAGGCCGCUCGUGGCUGGGUUCAGCAGCAGAAACGGACAGAUCUGUCCAUUUCAGUUUCCCAUUUUUCCAUUUCUGCAUCAGUUGGCAAUUUGUUCCUUAAAAAAAAAGUUCACAUGAAGUUUCGCACACUUUUUGUGCAUUUUUGCAAGCAAUUUCCCAGCAUAUAAUGCAAUAUUGUACAUUAUUUGCAGUAAUGUAUGUAUUUUUGUAUAGAUUUUCCCUCAAUGUAUACUUUUUCCACACUUUGGAGAGCUGCACUGCAAAAUUGGGGGGGGGGAGUUCAACUUCCAAAGGUUCACUUCAGUUUGUGUAUUUUGGUCAGAAACACAGAUUAGGUUGGUUCGUAUUCAAAUGUGAACUGGGUGACUUUCUGCUCAUUCCCUGUUCAGUGUGGAAAGUUUCCUAUUUACCAACCAAUUGUUCUUUUUCCUGUGCUCCCCCCCCUCCCCCACCGUCUGCUGCAGCCACAAACAUGGAGUGCAGCCUCAGUGUGGUGAAAUUUCCUGAUGCUGAUCAUGAUGUCACGGGAGGAGGAAAAAACCCUCCAAUAAUAGAAAUGGCAUACUGUAUACUUUUAAUGCAACUUACUCAUAGCUUGCUGGUGUUUAGACUCGACCUUCGGAGUUGCCCAAUGUCCUGGCUUCCGCUCAGGCACAAUGAAGGAGUGGCUCAAGAAGGAUCUGUAAGCAAACAGAGCUGGAUUCCUUUAUUUCCCUGUUCGGAUGUGAUGCAGGAAGACGGGGGAGAGAACAACUCCACAACGGUGGCUUCUGAACAUUCUGCUGGCUAUGAGCCCUUUCCCAGGUUCCCCCUUGGUUUAUCCUGCAGGAUCUCAAGGAGCCGCACUCACGGAUGCCUUGCUUACAAAACCCCGUGUGCUUGCAUCAACUACCAAGCCCUCCUUCCUCUGCCGAACAGCGAAGUAAGACUGUUUCGCUGAUGCAGGCCUUGCCACUAAACCCUUGCUUAGGGGCAAGGGGAUGUCCUCUGGAGUUCUCAUAGACAUCAUUGUGUGUGCGGUUUGUGUGCAUUACUGGAUUAGAGCAAAUGGGAUACAAAGGAACAAAGAACAGGAUGCAUUGCUAUCGGAGGCGGCCAAAGAAGGAUGUGCCACUGAUGGAGUCUGAAGAAAUCAAAGGGGAAGAUCCUUUCCCCUCAGCAACCCACAAAUUCCAUGAAUCUUCUAACCCUGCACCAGCCAGAAGGCACCGUGAUGUCACAGAAUUUUUCACCAGGAGUGAUGUUUCUGAAGAGAGGGUGGCAGUGACAGCAGAGGAUAAAAAGAACUCUUUUUCUCAAGCCCUGCCACUUCUCUUUGUCAUGGAAGAACAGAUAUGGGGCAGAUUCCCUAACCCUGCGGAAAGAGAGACAUCGGUGGGACUGGAAAGAGUCCAGAGAGAUCCAGAGGACUGGGGAGGAUUUUCCGAGCAAGAAAAUAUUCUCAAUAUACAAACUGUCACUUUGGAGGAUAACAAGGAGGCCCCUUUGGAUCCCCAUCAGAGAGAACUUGAAGCUGCUCAUUCCUUAAGUGAUCACGAAUCUUCCCUUUUCAGUACAGCAACUCUUGAACAGAUCUCAAGUAUUCCCAGUGAGGUUGCGGUGGGAGAGAUAAAAGGUGAAACCCUUGUUCUUGGAUUUUCCCAAGCUCUGAACCCCCGUGAUGCAUUUUCUCAGACACUGUGUGAGGAAACACAUUUAUCAGGCACUUUUUCUGCUAUUGAGGAAUCAGCCUCUGACUAUCCCCUGGUGAGUCAUGAUGUUUCAGAGCAUCACCAAAAUGCUGAGCUUUCCAAAGGCAGAUCAGAUGAAAAUCACUCAUCGGAGCUAGAGUCUCAAUAUGAACUAGAGAAGAGCCAUAUGCCAAAUAUGGAAGUCACAUGGGAGAUUGAUGAGAAGAUGCCCUUUAAGACCGAAGGAGCUGGGGAAGAGGGGAAAGUAAGAGAGUUAAAGGGACAAAGAGAAGGUGUGAAAUCUUCUGCACUUUUCCAGUUAAGCUUUGAAUUUUCUAAGGGUGGGGAAAUACAUUUAGAUGUGCAACAACCAAAGCCUAAUGAAAUUUUGUCUCUGCCAGACUCCAGUAGAGUAGACAAUCAUUCAGAUAUAGGAGAGGAAGUGGAAGAAUUGGGACAAAAUUCAUUUAUUUGCACUGUCCUCCAUCUUGAGGAGGAGGAGGAUGGCAUAGGAGGAAGCAAGAAUUGUUCACUAAAGGAGACAGUUAAAACAAAGCAUGCUACUGGUUGUGAUGAAGCAGAAUCGUCUCAGGUAUCAAAAUCAUUGGAGUCAGGGUCUGCAGAAUUGGAGGCACCAGAGUUGGUAGACACUGAACUAAAUGAGGAAUGCCUGGAAUGGAAGGGAAUGGAGAAAGAAGUGGAAACGGAGCAGAAUAAUCUAGAACUGGGACACAAAGGUCAGGAACAACAAGACUGUUGUGUGCACAUAAGACAAGCAUCAAAGCAAGGGGCAGAGAGAGAGAUAACUGCCCCACUAGGUUUAAAUGCACUACAAAUGAACUUGGAUCUUCCUGAUUUAAACAAGAACUGUUCUUUGGUUGAGGCCGAAGCAUUUAAUUUCACUUUCAAGGAGCUCUCAUCUCCAAAUCACGGUCCACAGUGGACACAGGACUCUGGUAACCCACAAAUAGCAAAGGCAAGAGCUAUGUCGGUAUCUGAAGGUAUCCCAGUGUGUGAGAGCCCAAGGGCACAGGCUCCAACAUGCCCUGGUUCUAGACAAUUGGAAUCCUCUGGCAUCUUUGACCAAGUUGGCCAUAACAGCCAAGGCAGCGAGCAACCCCCUGGGGAAGACAGAAGUGCUAUUGAAAGAGAGGGCAGCGAGUGUGGUGGUGAAGAGACGAGUGUUGCGAGUCUUGAUGGUGAAGGAAGACCACCACCCUGUAGAGAUUUGGUAGGAAGUCCUGAUUCACAGAUUCAUCUGUAUGAUUCUCAGCCUGUGGGUCACCCUGUUGAUGGUGAAAUCCAUAUCACUGCCUCAUCUCUGGGAGCCUCAACAGAGGCAGAUUCUCUGGAGGAAGGGGCUGGCAAGAGAGCCAGAGAUGGUACUGUUGUGCCAUGUGAAGAAUCAGAAUCCAUACAAGAGCCUGAAAACCAGAAUCUACUUAAGCCAGGAGCAGAUACACUUUGCACGGAACAACAAACUUUAAUCAGUGAAUCACCAUGUUCAUUGGUUCUUGAAGUGGAUGGAACAGCAUGUGGCAACACGGAGACCCCUUUCCCUCCCGGCGCUUGUUCUGUGAUAACCCCAGAUGUGGCUCAGCCAACAAAGCCUUUGACCCCAACACCUGCCUCGGAUCAGGCCAUUCCUCCAGAGCCUGCUUCCGGCCGCUUAAAUCAGCUCACGCCAACUGUGUCAGACUACAGUGAGUCUGCUCAGUUUUUAAGCCCUGGACCUAAUGCAGACACCCUUGCUCAGCCCCUCACUCCUACUCUUGCACCCAGUCAACCCAGUCAGUUCCUAGAACAACUGCCCUCUCCCAGUCAAGCUUGCCAGUUUUUAGCCCCAAAGUCCACUGCCGUUAAGGCGCCACAGUCUUCAGUCCUGACGCCUGACAAUGAACUAUUUAAUCAACCCCCAGCAACUGAAUGCAAUUCCAACCGACAUAUGCCACAUCCACUCCAUUCUGAUUCAGUGUUUCCUCCCCUCAGUGCUGAUCAGCCCAUUCAACUAGCAAACUCUAGCCAAAGCAGGGAAUCUGUAGCUCCUGAGUUUAACUCCAACCCUACAGCCUUUGCUGUUAACAAGGACCUUCAGCUUCCACAUCCAGCUUCCAGCUCCAACAUGCCUCCAGCUCCUGAUGGUGAUCAGUUUGCCCAACAACCAGUUGAAGCACCAGAAUCUACUCUACCUGUUAACUAUAUAGAUGGGGGUGGCUGUGCGUUUGUUGCCGACCGCAUCUCUCAGACCAUAUCCUAUGCUGCUGAAGCAGAAAAGCUUGCCCAGGCUCUAAACAUCGACAGCAGAGUUGAAGAAUUCCCUGUUGUACAGUUGGCCAAUUCAGAAGAGGCAGGUACUUCACAAGGCCAGAAGGGCAGGAAUAUACACGAAGCAUCCAGUCUAUUGGAGAUGCACUCAGAUGUCAGCAUUUCAGGAAACAGUGAGCCAGUGGAAGGCCCCUCCUACAGCAUUCCUGAUACUAUGGAUAUGUGCGAUGGGAAAUCAAAUAAAUACAGCCUCCAUCCCUCAGUAAGAAGUCAGAAAAUGUCUGAAGCUGCAGAGACCAGAAGUCCAAUGCAGCCUACACUUAUAGCUUUCACCAACCCAAUACACUUUUUCCAGCAAGGCCCUCCAUCUCCACCAACUAUCAGGCACCCAUGCAGAGAACAGGCUGUCUGUCAAGGGCCGCGGUGGUGGCAGCAGACCCAGAGAGGAGAUGCAGCUAAGAAAGAUGCAGAGGACACAGUCCCACCUGCGGUUCCUAGAAAGGAAGGCGGAGCCAGGCACCUACCCUUAGAGAAAUGUACUAGUUGUCCAAAUAAGAGUGUCCUUGGGGUAGACAUAAAAGAACCAACAUCCAGUUCAAAGAAACAGGAAGUGCUAAGCAAACACCGAGCAAAAAGCAAAGAUUGGCAUCGGCAGGGUUUGAGAAAGAUCUCCAUACCAACAGACAAUGAAUUAGAGUUCAUAGCAUCUCUUAUCUCGUCAAAGGAGGAAGCCCCUGCACACAAAGAAAAAUCAGACCAUUUCGACAGAGUGAAAUUUGGAGAGAAGAAACUACUAGAAACAGCAGAAACAAUCAAACGGCGGCGCUCCAAAUUAAUCAACUCGUCGAAGCUGCUCUACCAGGAAUACAGUGAUGUUGCACUGAACAAAGCCAUUCAAAGUCAAAAGAGAGCAGAUUCCUUGACCGAAGAUUUGGAGUUUAAAUCCACAGACUCCCCAAGGUUACGAAGAAAAACCAUCUCCCCUCAGGAUUCCUACCUGCAACGCCUGUCCGUCUCAUCCUCGACAUCCCUCUGGCAGGACAUCCCAAUGGUUCGAGAGAGCACUGUGCUGCUGAGCAUGACCCGCGAGGAGCAGAAGUUGCAGGAGGCCAAGUUUGAACUGAUUGUAUCAGAAGCCUCAUACCUGCGGAGCUUAAAUGUGGCCGUGGACCACUUCCAGCACUGCCACGAACUCCAGGCUGUCUUAACGAAUCAAGAUAAACAGUGGCUUUUCUCCCGCCUUCAGGAUGUACGUGACGUUAGUGCCAAUUUCCUAUUUGACCUGGAGGAGAAGCUUGAGGAGAACAUGUUCACUUUCAAUGUGUGCGACGUGGCUCUGAGGCAUGCGCCGGAAUUCCGGAGGGUUUACUUGCCGUACGUGACAAACCAGACAUACCAGGAGCAGACCUUUCGGCGACUACUGAAUGAUGUCCCUGCCUUCCAACAGGUUUUGGAGAGACUAGAAAGUGAUCCUCUUUGCCAGCGCCUCUCUCUCAAAUCCUUCCUCAUCCUCCCAUUCCAGCGGAUCACAAGACUUAAGCUCCUUCUCCAGAACAUAUUGAAGAGAACUCGGCCUGGUGCCGAUGAAGAGGUGCAGGCCACUCAAGCAUAUGAUGCACUUGAGAAGCUUAUCAAAGAUUGCAAUGAAAAUGUCCAGCGCAUGAGGAGCACCGAGGAGCUAAUCUACUUGAGUAAAAAUAUGGAGUUUGAAUGCAAGAUUUUCCCACUCAUCUCGCAGUCACGGCGGCUGGUGAAACGUGGGGAACUCACAGCGCUGGAGUACAACUUGAGCUUGAAGUGGAAACUGACCACCCGGCCGAUCUACCUGCACCUCUUUAAUGACUACCUGCUCCUAUCUCGGCCCAGAGAGAAUGGGCGCUUUAUUGUAUUUGAUUUUGCUGCUUCCUCCAAUGUGCGUGGAGAGAAGUGUGAAAUGAAGCUGCACGGCUCAAGCAAAAAUCUCUUCCGCCUCUUCCUGCUGCAGAACAAUCAGGGGAAAAAAGUGGAGUUCCUCUUCCGUACAGAAACACAGAGUGAGAAGCUGAGGUGGAUUUCUGCUCUUAUGCCCCAGCAAGCUGAACCUGACCUUUUGGAUGACCCUGCUCUCUUAGAUAAACUUCAGGUUCAGUGUGUGAGGCCAUACAAAGCCCGAGAGAAUGAUGAGCUGGCACUGGAGAAAGCAGAUAUUAUUAUGGUCCUGCAGCAAAGUAGUGACGGGUGGUUUGAAGGAGUGAAACUCUCCGAUGGGGAAAGAGGCUGGUUCCCUUCCGAUCACGUGGAAAUAAUCUCCAGCAAGCAAGCGCGCCAGAUGAAUCUGAAGGAGGAACAGCGUGUCAAGUAUGCAAAACAACAAGUCUUUCAUAAGAGAUAGGGCACUGUUUUCCCCAAAGACAAACACUUUAAAGCUCGUCUCCAUUGUGGCUCCUUAACCCAACAGUACAUUGCUGCAUUUGGUUUUCUGGAAGAGAAAUCUCCCUUGAGGCCAUCAACAAAUACGUACAAAUACGUACAUCAACAGUACGUACCAAAGGAAUGAAAAUGGACUUGGUGGAAAGAUUCUCUUACUGUGCAACACCAGAGGAGGAAAAAGAGAAGAAAAAUCUGCCUUAGCUUUGGCUUGAUGGGUUCAAAUAAGAAAUGCAGUUGGAAACUGGAUAUCAAGACUUCUGGGAACCAAUUAUUGACACUGCCAUUGUUCCAAUGCAUGAACUCCUUGCUUGGGGCCUUUGCUUCAGUUUCUGCUCUGCCAAAUGAGGCUAUGACUUACCUCACAGAAAGGUGUGAAGCUAACAAUGUUCCCAAACGCUUUGAAGCCUUCCAAAAAAAGAAGAUGCUAGAGAAAAGCAAAAAAUAUAUUUUAUAUGUAUUGUCAUGGAAAUUGGCUUUUCUGUUUGAAAUACUUCAUUUAUUUUAAUUGCCACGUACUUCUUACCAAAGAAGAUAUGAUACAUAUAUAAUGAAUGAAAGUGAGUCAGGUCCCCAGGAACUCUGCUUUACAAAAAAAGUUUGCCAACUUUUCCUGGUCUCCUCCUGUGCUUUUAACAGUAAAUUGACACACACACAAAUUUGGCAGGUGAAAGCAUUUCACAGCAUUUGUCUCUAUGUCAGAAAAGCUUCACCUGCUACUAAUUUCUGCAAGUCAGUGUGUAAUUAAAGGGGCAGAAGAAAUCCUGAGAAAAUCUACACAGGGAAAUUGACUAAGAAUGCAGGGGGAAGGAAUACUUGCCAUUAACACCUCCCUUUCUUCUGGAGCCGCUUCUUUAGUUGGAUAACAUCCCCCCCCCCUAUUCUCAGCUUGAAGUUUAUGCUCAGAAAGUGUUUGUGGCCAGACCAAGAGCCGUAGCACAAACUCAUUACAAAGAUCUAGUUACAGGUAGGUAGCUGUGUUGGUCUGAGUCGAAGCAAAAUAAAAAAAUUCCUUCAGUAGCACCUUAAAGACCAAAGAGAAGGCAAUGGGUCAGAUUGCUGGGGAGGCCCAGCAGGGACAACUGAUAAAUGACUGCUUGGUGCCUGCCUUUAGGUACUGCAUCUUUUAAGGGCAGAGGGUACAUGCUUUCUGUGCAGAUGGUCCCAGAUGCAAUCCCUGCUAUUUACAAGUAGCAUACGAUAGGAAAGGUGCACACCUGAGACCCAUUGACAGCAAGGGCAUGGGGGUGGGGGUGGGGCAGAGGGCCUGUGGCCCUGGGCGCCCCUCUCCAGUCCGCUUUUAAACUCUGGAGAUGAGCCACAGCACCUUUACACAUCUUAACUUGGAAGCCCAGGGUGAGCUAAACUAACUCGCAGAGGGAUUUUUUCCUGUACCAUCGCCCCGGUGCGGCACAGCCCUGCAUGCCUCUCCAUGGGCACUGGGGGAUUCACCCACCAAGGGCCAUGUCGUCCAGCUGGAUCCCCUGCCUCCCAUGUGGGUGCAGGUGGGGAAGCACGGCCCCACUUGGCUCCGGUCAAGGGCGGGGGGGGGGUCUGCUCCAGCAGCUUUAGCAACGAGGACUGGGCUGUCGCAGCGGACUCCAUUUGCCCCCCUCUGCAUCCUGCACUCCCUGGCGCGCAUGCCUGCCCCAAGCACCAGCAACCUACGUUAUGCCACUGGUUGGCAGUCAUGAUAGAUGCACUGGAUACACAAAUAGGAAGCUCCCUUAAACUAUGUUCCUAUGGAAGUGCCAUCAGCUAUAGAGACCUUGCAAGACAUAACUCAGGAUAUAAAGCAGGCAUCCCCAAACUGCGGCCCUCCAGAUUUUUGGCCUACAACUCCCAUGAUCCCUAGCUAACAGGACCAGUGUCUGGGGAAGAUGGGGAUUGUAGUCCAGAACAUCUGGAGGGCCAAAGUUUGGGGAUGCCUGAUGUAAAGCAAUGUUCUUUAUCAGCAGCCAUUCAAGAUACUGCUGUAUAAGAAACAAAGUAGCAAGGACUGUGUAACUGUAUAUUCUGUUUUUGUAAUGGCCUGAUCAAGCACACCUUAGACCACUGAAAUCAAAGGGCAUAGGCCUGGUUAAAUCCACAUAGGAUUUUAAUCUGCCUUCAGAAUAACCCAGAUUCUUCCAAGUAUAAAUAUUUGGCGGUCAUAUACACAGGGGCGUGGCCCACAAAUCACUUAAUCAGACUUACAACGCAAUCCAAAAACGCAUUAUGCCUGAACUAUAACUCUUCCAAAUGUGCAGUUUGUUUCCUCAGAGGCGGCUUUAAAAGGAUGGUGGGUGUACCAACAAAUUUAAAUAGGUUUUUGCACAACUUUUCCCAUGGGGAAAAGCAACGACAGUUUUGGGGGAAACGACGAUAGUUAUUAUGGAACAAACCAAUACAACCCUAUACUGCAUUUUGCAAACAUGACCUUAGUGUCAAGAGGCCUAUUUCCUCAAACAAUGGGAGUCCUUACUGAGGUCAGUGGAUUAGUGAUAUAGGCACUACCUCUUGACCCCAGAACAAGAAAUGGGGGGACCUGAUGCAGAGGUGGAGCUACAGGGGGGGGCGGGGGACUAGCCAGGUUUUUUGCCCCAAGCGAAGCCUCCAGAGGGGCAUCAUUGAGGCUCCCGGCCUGUGCAUGUGUGUACGCAAACAGGCAUGGGGGAUGCAAAACUGGGUCUUUGACCCGGGUAAACUAAAGUCUAGUUUCACCCCUGCCAGGCGCUGCACUUUCAGUAGUUGUGUUAAAUGAUAAGUGGUGGCUUCUUAAACUAUAUUAACAGUGCCCAAGCCCUAUCCAAGUUGGUAUCUGUUCAGGGGGGGUUAGCAAACUCUGGACUGAGGGCAAAUCUUCACUACAGAGAAGUUUUGUUGAAAGAAGAAGGUGGAAUUUACUUUAAAAGGAGGGGCGCUGCUUAGGAAAGAACAUACAUGGAGAUAAACGGUGUCCAGCCUGCUUCUGCCAGCUUUGAGAUUGCUAUGUUUUUCAUUUUGCUUUCCAAAACACACUCUGUUGGAAGUUCCCCUCCUAGAUAUUUGAGAUUCUGCCCCCCCCCCCCCACACACACACCCUGGGCAGAAUUAGAGUCAAUCUAAGCAGAAUGGCAGCAGUUCCACAUGCACCAAUACUCUUUUUAAUCUUUUAAUUGCCUUUUUAAUGCUGAAUAUUUUCCUUAUCAGAGAAAAAAAAUGGUGAAGAAAAGUCUCGAAACCUCGCGAACUUCUCCCUUCUGGAAACAAAAAUGGUUUUGUGUGUCCUUGGGAGAAAUCCUCACAGCGGGACUUAAUUCUUUCAUCAAUCGCACUUAUAUUUUCCCUCCAGGGAACUCAAGGUGGCCUGUGUGUGGCUCCCCCCUCCCCAUUUAAUCUCCACAACAUCCCUGUGAGGUAGGUUGGGCUGAGAGAGGCAGUGCCUAGCCUUCAAGGUUGCCCAAGUGAUUUGAACCUUGGUCUCUCUGGCCCCACACUCAAACACAGCCUUUCUCAACCUUGAGGGUCCCCGGUGUGUGUUGGGCUACAACUCCCAUCUUCCCUAGCCAGCAGGACCAAUGGUCAGGGAGGGAUGGGCAUUGCAGUCAGAGCUGGAUUUAGGUUUGAUGAGGCCCUAAGCUACUGAAGGUAUAUGUUAUAUGUCCAGCUGUCCUCUGCCAACAACAUAUUGUCACUGUUUUUUGUGUUGAAUAUAUGCUAUAUGGUAAUUUAUGGACCUAAAAGGGAUCUAAAGCCAUUUGCACAUGUUGCCAUGCAACCAGUCCAUGCAGAAUGUAGGUAGGCACCCUAUAUAUAGAAAUGGGCAAGCCAGUGAUAUUUUAGGGAGCAGGCUAGCAUGGACUCACCCCAUAGGAGCCUACACAACACAAAACACUGUUGCUGUUAUGUAUUAGUUACAGGUAGGUAGCCAUGUUGGUCUGGUGUAGUCGAAACAAAAUAAAAAAAUUCCUUCCAGUAGCACCUUAGAGACCAACUAAGUUUGUCAGAGGUAUGAGCUGAAGAAGUGUGCAUGCACAC